GCGACGCCCGAGGCGCGCGAGGCGGCGUGCCUCUUCUGCUGCGGCGAGCCGGAGGUCGGCGACGGCUGCUCCUGGGCUCGGGCGCUCCCCUGCGGCCACGACUGCUGGCACGCCCAGUGCAUCCUGCACUGGCUCUCCGAGUGCAGGACCUGCCCCCUCUGCCGCGCAGGGGUGCCCCCCACCUGGUUCGCCGGCGCGGGCGCCCACGGCAGGGCUCCGUGCGCGGAGCCCGGCGACGGCGAGGCCGCAUCUCGCGAGGGCUUGGGCCCGCCAGCUCCGCUAGAGGAGACUGCCGGCCUGCGGGCCGCCCUGGCCUCCCUGGCGGAGAGGGCGCGGGAGCUGGAGGAGGAGAGGCGGGCGCUGCAGCUGCAGGUGCGCCAGCUGGAGCGGCGGGCCCUGGAGGCGCGCGUGCGAGGCCUCGAGCGCGAGCUGGCCGCGAGGAGGUCGCAGGUGGCCUGCCUGGAGGCGGAGGGGCUGGCCCUCCGCGCCUCCCUCGCGGCCCAGCGAUGGCGCCGCCCCUGCACGGUGCCCACGCGGAGGCACGCUGAAGCGGGCGGCCAGGCCUGGCCGCCCCCGGCCGCCGCGGGGCGCGCGCCCUGCCCGCCGCCCGCCGGCCCCUCGGCGGGAGCGCCGCCGCGGGAGGCGGCGCCGCGGUGCGGGCUCGGGGACGAGUGCACCGAGUGGCGCGCUGCGCGCGCAGCGGUGGCGCGCCUGCGCGCGGCCGUCCUGCAUGCGCCCUGCACCGCGGCCGAGGUCUUCCGCGCCCUUGCGGCGCGUUCAGGCCGCCUCCGGCGCCACGAGGCGCUGCGCGUACUCCGCCGCCUGGACCCGGCGGCGCCCGGCGGCGCCCUAGCGCGGGCGUUCCUGCUGCUGGACACCGACGCCAGCGGCGCCGUGGAGGAGGCGGACUGGAUGUUUGCGCUGCGGCUUCCGCACGUAGAGGCGGCGGAGGAGGAGAAGAAGGAUGCGGCGGCGAUGCUCGCCCACGCGAGCCUCCGGGUCACCGUCCAGAGCUGA